AUGCCCGUGGGUUGCCUGGGAACUGCUAAUAUCCCCCAAUUGCUGAAUUGUCAUCAAUAGUAACCCCUACCACUGCCAGCGCUCUUUUGGGUGCUGGUUAUGAUGUCCGUGUUGAGCGCAGUGAGCAGAGGAUAUUUGGUGAUAGUGAAUUUGAGAAGUAAGCUUGAUACACUCCGGGACACCUACGCGGAAGACAAUUCGUUAAUUAAUCAAAAGGGUCUGCGCUACGCUCGUUCCUAAGGGCUCCUGGACUGGUGUGUUGGCCACCCAUCUUGUAUCAAGUACGCUAUUUGCCCCGAGCCACUAACCGUUGCAGUCUCAAUCUAGAGGCCCCUACGGAGCACAUUAUUAUUGGCCUUAAGGAACUCCCUAAGGACGAUUGUAUGUACGUCUACCCCACGCCCCCCCCCCUUAUUGAAUUGGCCCGCUCGAUACUCAUGAUUAUUAGUCCCACUCAAGCAUACUCACAUCCAAUUCGCCCAUUGUUACAAGGACCAAGGUGGCUGGGAGAACGUUCUCUCUAGCUUCCCUAAGGGCUAGGGUACUCUCCUAGACUUGGAGUUUCUUCAGGAUGAUAGCGGUCGUAGAGUUGCUGCGUUCGGUUACCAUGCUGGAUCCGCCGGUGCCGCGUUGGGUGUCGAGGCUUGGGCAUGGCCGCAUGCUCAUCCUGGAGAGGAAUUCCGUGGUGUUAAGCCUUACCCCAGUGAGGACGCUUUGGUUUCGCACGUCAAGAGUGUGGUUACUGAGAGUAGUAUGAUCUCCUUAUCAUCAUUAGAACCUUACUGUUCUCUCUGUUUCUUGUUUCCCUUUCUGAGAUUACUGACCAUUCAAAGGUGCAAAGAUAGGGAGAAAUCCCAAGAUUUUGGUGAUUGGUGCUCUGGGGAGAUGUGGAAAAGCCGCUGUUGAUCUGGCGCUUAAAGUCGGCGUCCCGGCCGAGAAUGUUUUACAAUGGGAUAUGGCUGAGACGGCUAAGGGCGGGCCUUUUGUCGAGAUUGUUGAAUGUGAGUGUUCCUUUCGCGGCUGAGCGCUAUCCCAGGAAUGGUUUUAUAACCCAAACCUUCAUAGCCGACAUCUUUAUCAACUGCAUUUACCUCAAUCAGCCGGUUCCUCCUUUCAUUGACACUGGGUCCUUGGAAAACCCCGACCGCAAGCUUUCGGUCGUUGUGGAUGUUAGCUGUGAUACUACUAACCCCCAUAACCCUAUCCCCAUCUACAGCAUAAAUACUACGUUUGGUGAGCCGACGGUCCCCGUCCCUGUCAGGUAUGUUUCCCAACACAACAAAAUAUCUAGUUUGUAUUGCUACAUAGCCUGAUAUCGCAGGGUCAGUGACGGCGGCCUCCUCUUUCUGUCAUCUCGAUCGAUCACCUUCCUACUCUCCUUCCGUGUGAGGCCAGUGAAGCGUUCAGCAAGGAUUUGCUUCCGAGUUUGCUUUCGUUGAAGGAUAGAAAGAGCACCAAAGUAUGGGCGGAGGCUGAGAAACUCUUUCAUUCCAAAGUUGCUACUUUAUCCGGGUAUUAA